UUAGAGUACAAUAGAACAAAGAGGUCAUACACAAACUCAACUCCAUCCUUUCCUUUUUUUCCAAACCAUUUAUUAGAUUCCUUCAAUGGGUCUUUCAUUUGUCCAUUAAAUUUUGUACAAACAAAUUCAGCUUAUUGCCCAAAAAAAAAAAAAAAGUAGAAAAAAAAACCCAUCUCAAAUUCUUGAUAAACUUGUUCAUAUAUUUUUUGCUUUUUUCAGUGUGGUUUUUGCAGAAAAAAUUAUUCUACCAAGAAACCAUAUAAAUUUUGCUAUUAAAAAGGUAAAGAGAAUAAUCAAAAACUUGUAAAGAUUAUAUUUUUAUACCUUUUCUUUUUUCAUUUCCUAAAGGAAAAAAAAAAAGAAGCUUUUUUUCUUCACCAAGACUGGUUUGCUUUUCCUUUUUGUGUUUCAUUUAAUUAUUUUUGUAAAAAUAUAUACUUUGGUGAAAAAAAAAAGAUUGGAUAGAUGGGAAAGGAAGGACCUUGCUAUCACUGUGGUGUUACAAAUACUCCACUUUGGCGUAAUGGACCUCCAGAAAAGCCAAUACUGUGCAACGCAUGCGGAUCUCGGUGGAGAACAAAAGGGACUUUGGCGAACUAUACUCCUCUGCAUGCAAGAGCAGAACCUUGUAACUUUGAGGAACACAGAGUUUCUAGGUUCAAAAGCAUGUCUAUGAAGAACAACAAAGAGGCAAAGGUUCUGAAACGAAAGCAAAUUCAUCAUGAUAAUAAUGCUGAAGUUGGAACUCCUCCUCCUGAUUAUAAUCUCGGUUUCCGAAAGGGUUUUGAUGAAGAUACUAGCAAUAGGUCAAGUUCUGGCUCUGCCGUUUCAAACACCGAGAGCUGUGCACAGUUUGGUAGUGCUGAAGGAAGUGAUUUGACAGGCCCAGCGCAAUCCAAUAUAUGGGAUACAACGGUGCCUUCAAGGAAGAGAACUUGUUUUAAUCGUCCAAAGCCGUCUUCAGUCGAAAAGCUCACCAAAGACCUAUAUACCAUCUUACAUGAACAACAAAGUUCUUCAUACUUCUCUGCAUCCUCUGAAGAGGAUUUGCUUUUUGAGAGUGACAAGCCUAUGGUUUCUGUUGAGAUAGGUCAUGGAAGUGUGCUGAUUCGGCAUCCUAGUUCGAUAGGUAGAGAAGAGGAAUCAGAAGCCAGCUCCCUUUCUGUUGACAACAAGCACCGUUAUGUCAGUGAGGCUUAUUCACGAUUGACUACCUCUCCUGUAAAUAUUAGUAAGGGUGUCAAUUCACCAAAUAUAGGUACUGAGAGAACCAAGAAACCUACUGGUCCGACGAUGGAACAAGACCGGAUUAAAAGAAACAAGGAUCACCUUGAAAAACUACAGAUUCUUGGACAUCAUAAUUCACCCCUUCGCUAUAUAGACCUGAAGGAUAUACUUAAUUAUGAAGAAUUCAUGACACACUUGUCAAGUGACGAACAACAGCAACUACUAAAGUACUUACCAUCUGUCGACUCUUUUGCUCCUCCAGAUAGUCUUAGAAGCGUGUUUGAGAGCUCUCAAUUUGAGGAGAACCUCUCUUCCUUCCAGAAACUUCUUGCAGAAGGCGUUUUUGAUAACUCAUUGCCGGGAGUGAAAUUAGAAGAUUGCAGAACCUUGAAGAGAUUUAUAAUGUGCUAUUUAGCAAAGCCCAAGUGGGUGCAACAAUAUAAUUUACUCAAGGACACGAAAUGUAAGAAUAGUAGCAGCGGUUCUGAAGUUGCCGGAGAGCCAAAUGUUAUUGGCACAUGUCAUUCAGUGAAUGUGAAGAAACCACGGGAGGGGCAACAUCUGAAGUAUUCUGGUGCUAAAACGACAAUGAAGAGCCCGAAGAGGGUGGUGAUGAAAAGCAUCUAUGAGCAGAAGGAACUAGUAGACAACGAUGGCUCUUCUUGCUUCAGUACUAGAAGCUCGUUCGCGUUGCCUUCUGGGAAUAGUUCCCUUGUGCUGGAUUCUUUCCCUUCUGGAAACGAAAAUUCCGAUCAGGACUUAUUGCUGGACGUGCCAUCGAACAGCUACUUCCCUCAGGCAGAACUACUCUUACCUACGUCAAGUUUUACUAGUCAAGCAAGUACUAGUAGUAGCUCAAUGUACCCUUCACAUCUCGUCCGUCCCUAACAAUACCAUCAUACUUUGCUUGCUUUCUUUAGGAUAUCGAAAAACUAGUUAAAAGCCAAACAAUAUGGUAGUGUUGCAUAUCCCAUGCAAACUUAUAUGGAAUUUUCCAAAGGGGUUCGGAUGGUUGCCUUUUACCUUUUCGCGGUAGACCUAUAUUAAAACAGUUUUUUUUUUUUUUUUUUUUUUUUUUUUUUUUUUUUGGGAUUUAGCAUAUCGAUUUGGUUGUUUCCCCCCUUUUGUAUAGGUUGUCAAACACUGUGUAAUAUGGCUAAAAAUGCAGAGUGGUAAUGAAUGACUAGAAAUAUUGGAUAGAGUUGAAUUUUUGGCUUAA